AUGAAGAUCCUCGCAAAAGAGGAAGAGCAGGAUUACUACACCUACAUCCGCAAUGCCGGCGUGGCUGCCGGCGUAGGUGGGUUCUUGUUCGGCAUCGCGGCCACAGCAGCCUUACGUCGCUACUACGCACCAUUCAGACACCUCUCUCCGGCUGUGCGGACCACUGUCGUCAUAUACCCGACAGUUCUUGCCCUCAGCUACGGGACAACCCACGGGAGCCACACAUUCGAGUCUCGAGUACACCCGGAAACGAAACAGUAUUCCGAGGAAAGAAAGGAGCUGUUUGAACGGACCCAUGCCGGGGAGACCAGGGAGGACCUCUCCCGGGAGUGGUUAUAUGAGCACAAGCUCCCCGUGCUGGGAACGACGUGGGCGGCGGCGAUGAUAGGCAGCCUGCGCCUGUUUUCGCGCGAUCCUCUGGAGACGGGCGUGAGGAAACUGGUCCAGGCUCGAGUCCUGGCCCAGGCAGCAACACUGUCUGCGCUGCUCAUACUGGCAUUGAUCGAAGCGGACGACAUGAGACAAGGGAAGGGGAAGUACCAGAAGGUGAUUGUGGUGGACACCAACGAUCCUGACCACCGCAAGCACUUGGAUAAGCAACUGGGUCUUGAGUUGCAUCCUACACCUAGAUUGUAG